AUGAAGCCCCUCCCGGCGCUGGAGGACCGGUCGUGGAAGCCCCUGUGCGUGCAGGAGCUGCACGGCCUCAAGAAGCUCAGGCGGAAAGUGCGUCCCCGCAUCUUGCUGUGCGCCCCGCCAGCUCGCCCCACGCCGUCCGCGCCUCCCGCGCCCGCUGCGCCCUCGGAGUCUUUAGUGCGUCCUUCGCCCCCCACACGCCCGGGGGAAAGUUCCUACUCGUCAAUUUCACACGUAAUUUACAAUAACCACCCAGAUUCUUCGGCGUCGCCUAGGAGACGGCCGGGCGAAACAACAGCAGCCUCGUCUGAGAUCAAAGCCCUGCAGCAGACCCGGAGGCUCCUGGCCAAUGCCCGGGAGCGGACGCGCGUGCACACCAUCAGCGCGGCCUUCGAGGCGCUCAGGAAGCAGCCUGGGGCCUUGAGAACCCGGCCUACCCAGCCUGUGGCCCUUCCCCAAGGGCAGCUUCUGGAGUGGCCCGUGGGAAGCUCCCAGAUCCCUCCUCUUCGGGUGAAGCAGGCUGCUGGUGGUGGAGGUUUCCUUCCGGAGAUCUUCAGAGCUAAUUCGGGGGUGCCAUGCUACUCCUAUGGGCAGAAGCUGUCCAAACUGGCCAUCCUGAGGAUCGCCUGUAACUACAUCCUGUCCCUGGCACGGCUGGCUGACCUCGACUAUAGCGCCGACCACAGCAACCUCAGCUUCUCCGAGUGUGUGCAGCGCUGCACCCGCACCCUGCAGGCCGAGGGACGCGCCAAGAAGCGCAAGGAGUGAGUGGCUGUGGACCAGGCCGAGGACGCUGCGGUAGCCUCUCUCCAGCCAGGCCGAGGACAAGGGGAGCGGGCCAGGCCAGCCUCAGCCUCUGUCUCCCCCAGGAUGCCGCCAGCUUUCCACCUGCCACUGCUGCUCAGGUCACCCAGGGCAGGAGCAACCCCACCUCCCGGUCGCCUCCUGUCCUCCCCCAGCUGCUGGGCUUGGUUCUCACUCUGCCUGCUGCCUGGUCAGGAGGGAGAGCUCAGCCUUCCCCUUGGUCAGGACCUGAGGCUGCAGAAAUUCAUUGCCAAAGAUUCCACAGAGACUCUGAACAAGAUGGGGGAUGAAACCCAGCAGGGAAAAGCCACACUGCGGCUCCGUGACUCUGCUUCUCUCGUUGCCCGAGUCUUAUCUCAAGCCAAAGACAAACCGGCAGUUCUACCAGCAACUCACUGAAGCUGUGGGCAUUUGGUGACCAUGGGAAGCACGUGACCCUCUGAACUGUUGCUCUGUCUACACUGGGUCCUGAGGUGGCAGGGUGCAAGUUAAACCUCCUGGGGGUGCCUGAGAGGAUGGCAUGGAGGGCCUAGCAUCCCUGUGCGUGUCCUUCUCUUCUGACAGCUGCCCAGGCCUCAGACCCGGUUUCUCAAUGUUCCCUGGGCCCAGGCUCCUUCUGAGGGCCUGAGUAGCCUGAGAAAGGAGUGCAGUGGGGGGAAGAAGCAAUAUCCCCCCUCCCAGGGACUCGCCCCAGGUCUUUGCUCCCCUAGCCAGUGGCACCCUUUAGCUGGGAAAGCAAGAUGGUGCCCUGUGGGGAGGCAGUGGUCUGUCACAGGUGGGCAGGAGGGCAGAGGGAGGAAGGGACCAGGGGAGCGGGCCAGGAUGUGGGGUAGGGGGUGUGUUUAAAGCCAAGGCCUGCUCUUGCCUUGUGCUCAAAAGGCCAAAGCUGUUCACAUCUGUGCUCAACCAUCUGCUUCAAAUUGAAGUAAAAGCCCCAUCAUGUAAAGACAUACUUGGUUGUGUUGAGUGGACUCUGUGGGUGAGCAGGCCUUAGGCCUUGGCCUGUCAUCGGAAGGGGUAUUGUGAGGGAGAGGGUUGGUCUCUUUGGAGGUUGUGAGUCAUUUAGACAGGCAGUGCAUGUGUGAGACCCCCAGGCCCCCACCACGGCCUCAGCCUGGGCCAGUGACCAAGAGGCCUAGUCCUGAAUGAGCAAGGAGUGUGGUCUGCUUUAUACCUCACAAGCUUAGGAAGGCUAUUAAUCCCAUAACACAGACGAGGAAACUGAGGCCCAAGGAGACAGGGCCAGUCAAUGAUAGAGCCAGUUCUUCUCUUUUUUUUUUUCCCCCUGGUACUGGGGAUCGAACUUGGGACCUUGUGCUUGCAAGGCAAGUGGCAGAACCACUGAGCUAAAUCCCCGGCCCCAGAGCCAGUUCUUGAAUCCAGAUGGGCUUGCUCGAAAUGUUCUGCUCCUCAGCCUUCUCCAGCCCCAUUGCUGGUCCCAGUCCAAAGUCUUUGUGGCCCCGUCGUGUCACUUAUAUGAACCUAAGACAAGGACAGUAAAAGGCAUGGGAGACAGGGAGGAGGCCAUGAGGUAAGAAACAGGGAGAGGAGGUCAGGGUGUUAGGGACAGGGUUGCCCAGGGAGAAGGAGCGGUGAUGGGGGCUGGUGUUCGCACUGGAUGCACAGUUUGUCCCUGCGUGUCGCCCAGCACCACGGCCUCUUCUCAGGGUCCAGCCUGGUUGUCUGCCAUGCAACUGGCCACAGGGAGCCUCCUCCUCCUUGUAUGCCGGGUCCCCUGGUGUGGCCUUUGGCCAGGGACCCUGGGGGUCACAGAGGCAGGGAUCAGACUGCAAAGGUGCCCAGAAAGAGGCCGGACAGAGUGGCGUGGAGGAUCCAAGAGGGACAGUGAGGAAGGGCCCAUCACCCAGGACCCUAGGCACAGGUCACAGUGCCACGCAGUUGUCCCUCUGAGCAACCCUGGUGGCAUUUCUAGAGAAGCAGGAAAUGUGGCCCAUGCAGCAUCACACUGUGACCCGCGGCCCUUUCUGUGAAGAGCAGGGCCCCUCACUGUGCUGCCAUGGAGCAGACCCCGGGCACCCCCACCCCUCUCCUGCUGCGCACAGCCUGCAUCGCCAGCAUCCCUUUCAUUUGGAAGCAUCUCUGCUACCAGCUGUGCGGCAGACAUCAGGCUAGGCCCUGUGAAGAAAGAUGGUCCUCAGUGGUGCACGUCUUCAUGGAGCUGUGGCUCUGUAUGGGGAGUUGGACUGACAGACAAGAAAGGAUUAUGACAGUCAGACACCUAAAGUAUUGUGGGUGCCAAAAAGAACUCACGCCCCUUGGGAUAUCAGAAAAGGAUUUCCUGGAAAGGGGUCACGUGAAUUGGAUCUUGAAGGGUGAAUAGAAGUUUUCUGAGCAAAGGACUAAAGUUUGUGUUCUCCUUGUCAACUUCCUCCCCAGUACAGUGACUCGUGCUCUUUGCAGGUGCAUGUACAUACACAGUCCUUCUCCUCUGUAGCUGGCACACGCGGUACAUUCCUGGGGACAGAUGCAUAUCCAUUCUGCCAGCAGCCGAGCAAAAAGACCCUCCCCAAAGUGUGAAUGACAAAGAGCCCUGCUGGGGCCCUCAAGGGCAUUUUCCAGUCUGGCCAAGGGGUGAGGUCACAGAGACACCUGCAGAUAUGUUUGUGGCACACCCGUUUGCUGUGGGUCACUGGGCACAGGCCCCAGAGGGGUGAAGGGACACUGCAGGGCCCCGGGGAUCCACGAGGAUGCGUCACAGUGCGCAUUGCUCCCCUUGGACAAAGACAAAGUCAGGGAGUUGAGGAUCCCUGGCUCGCAGGCCGAGGGACUCAAGCGGGAGGUCCCAGGCCAACAGAGUAGCAGAGCCAUGGCAGGGCCUGCUGGGAGCCACAGCGAGAGGUGUGGCCCUCCCUGCCCGAGGCCUUGCCCACGGUCCUGGGUAGAUCACCAGGGCAGCUGCUUGGGUUGGGGCCAGCGCCUGCCGUGGGCAGCCUUGCCCAGCCUGCCUGGGUGGAUGCGGGCUACCCUUGCUUUCCUCCGCGGUUGCUUCAGACCCCACAGUGGCUGCUGCGAGCAGCCGGAUGAUGAGCAGCCUGCCUUUCAAAGCCAGACUCAGCGCCAUGAGCUGCCGUUCUCCUCUGCCCUCCGGCUACUGCCCUACGUGGCUUUUGCUUCCAGGCUCAAGGACGACAUUGAGGCCCGAAGGUCCUGCUUUGCAGAAGAGGCCAGCUUUCCUCAGCCUCCUGGGUUUUCCCCAGGAACCCUCUCGGAAGCCAGGCAAGACAAAGAAUCCAGACUGAUAAAUACCAACUGUUUCACAAAUCCAUGGGAAGUCUAAUAUCCAGGGGGCACGAGGAAAUUCCUAGAGGGCAAAGAUUGGGUGUAAUUUAUCUUCAAAUCUUCAAAAGGGCCCUGCAAAUUGGACAUACUGAUUUUUCAGUGGAAUGAAUGAAUUUAAAAACUGGAAAAUUGAGGUGGGUAUGGUGGCACACAUGUGUAAUUCCUGCACUGGGUAGGCUGAGGUUAGAGGAUCACAAAUUCAAGCCCAGCCUGGGCAAGUUAUUGAGAUCUUG